UUUUGAAGACGGAUGGGUCUAUGACUGCUCCAAAAACAUCGGAGUCAUUGCUUUGCUUCUCUCUUUACUUGUGUUUGUAAUGUCUCUAAGCUGAUUCGAUUAUUUCUUUACUAAAGCAGGCACUUUUGCCGUAGACAAUUUGGUCAAACGUCCCCAAAAAAAAAGAAAAGAAAAAAAAAGUUAAAAGAAAAAAAGAACAUUGGAAACCCCAAUUCGCAUUCCGCACAUCACAACUCCUUCGUAAUCGACUCAAAUCAGGCAGCGGUUACCUCCGCGUCGAAUUUUAGCAAAAACCCAAUUCCCCCGGAAAUGUCGUUAGGGCAAAAGAGUGCGACGGAUCCUGGCGCGAUGCUCACUUCCCUUUUAAACAAGCGAGAGAAGCUUCGCCAAGAGUUACGGAGCAUCGAGAAGCAGUGCUAAGAGGUCAAGGAAGUUUCAGCCUGAAGACAGAGUCUUCUCUUUGUCCUCAGUCACAUCACCUGCUGCUGAAGAGCUUGGUGUUGGAAGAGAAGAUGGACGAGCUGAGUUGGGGCCAGGGCGAUCCAAGGGUGGUUUGUCCAGUGCACAGGGAAAGCCGAAGAAAGGGAGAGGACAAUCAAUAGCAAGAGAGGCGAAGAGAAGCAGACCAUCUACAGAACCAGAUUAUGAAGAUGAAGAUGAUCCGGAUUUGAAUAUGUAUGGGCAUGGUUCACUCAUGUAAGUUGGCAUUUUCUGUUUUGGUGCCUGACACAGUAAGAAACAAAUCGGCGUGUAGCCUUUUUGUUUUGCAUCCCAGAACAGAACUGAACCGAUCCAAGUAAAUCUAGAAACUAAUAUGCCAGCUUUACAUUAUCCAUUACUAUGAAGUUGCAGUGAGGGUUUUAUCAAAUAUUUUAAUCUGUCUAGAAAAAGUGAAGAACUCUAUAUGAUCAUAUGAGGUUAUAAGAGAAAGCAGUUCUAAGAAUGUUAAGAGUGGAAUUGGUUGGCAUGUAUCAUCAUGAUUCAUCAUUUGUGAUGGAAGCUUAAAAUAGAAUUUGUUCUUCUGGGUCCAACUUA